UUAAAAAAGGGAAAAAGAUAAAACAGAUAUCAUUUGACCACACAAACAUAUACAACACACCCAAUCAGAGAUCGAUCGCCAUUAACGUAGACUGUGACUCUCGGCUCUUCUUCACUCUCAAUUUCGAUCGGCAUGAGGUACGAUCAGGAAGCGGGAUCGUCCUCCCAUUCGCUGCCUUCGGGAUCAUCCUCCCAUUCGCUGCCGCCGACGGAAGACACUCCUCUUUUGGGGCCUCGAACAUUGUCGUCGCAGCCAAAAACCUUUGCAAAUGUCUUCAUCGCCAUCGUCGGCGCCGGCGUGCUCGGACUUCCGUACACCUUCAAGAAGACUGGAUGGCUCUUGGGCCUCCUCACACUCCUCUUCGUAUCCUCCCUCACCUUCUUCUGUAUGAUGCUCCUCGUCCACACCCGCCGGAAACUCGAGUCCCUCUCCGGCUUCAACAGCAUCACUUCUUUCGGAGAUCUCGGCGAAUCCGUCUGCGGCCCUGCCGGUCGUCUCGUCGUCGAUGUUAUGCUUGUCCUUUCCCAAUCUGGCUUCUGCGUCAGUUACCUUAUCUUCGUCGCCACCACAAUGGCUAAUCUCCUCAGCCGCGGCACCGAACAUAUUCUAGGCCUCGAUGCUGCUUCCAUUUACCUCUGGGGAUGUUUCCCCUUUCAGCUGGGUCUCAACUCCAUCCCAUCGCUCACCCAUCUCGCCCCUUUGAGUAUAUUCGCCGAUAUCGUGGACGUAGCCGCCACCUUAGUGGUUAUGGUGCAGGAUGUUUUCAUCUUCCUGAAACGAAGACCUCCUUUGAGAGUCUUUGGAGGUGUCUCUGUUUUCUUCUACGGAUUGGGAGUUGCGGUGUACGCAUUUGAAGGGAUCGGAAUGGUUCUGCCACUGGAACUAGAGGCUAAAUACAAAGACAAGUUCGGUAGAGCGCUGGGGCUAGCCAUGGGCUUAAUCUCGAUCAUGUACGGUGCGUUCGGGCUGCUAGGGUACAUGGCUUACGGAGAGGAGACGAAAGACAUCAUCACCACCAACCUGGGGACAGGAGUGGUGAGCACUCUGGUGCAGCUGGGCUUAGCAAUCAACCUCUUCUUCACAUUCCCCCUUAUGAUGCAACCUGUCUACGAGGUCGUGGAACGCCGCCUUUGCAGCUCCCGUUACUCUGUAUGGGUGCGCUGGGCCACUGUGCUGGUGGUCACGCUCGUGGCCCUGCUCGUCCCAAAUUUUGCAGACUUCUUAUCUCUGGUGGGGAGCAGCGUCUGCGUGGUGCUGGGCUUUGUCUUGCCAUCACUAUUUCACUUGCAGGCUUUCAAAAACGAGUUGAGCAUCACAAGAAUAGUGGUAGACGUUCUCGUUUUCCUCAUUGGUGUUAUGAUAGCCAUUACCGGGACCUGGACUGCAGUACAUGAGAUCCUGACAUCCAAGGCCUGAGCUUCUUCCAUUGUUUAUUUUUGUCAGUAUGAAAAGAGAAGCAUUGUUACCUCCAGCGAACACGGCAUUAUUAUUGUUAUUCUGUUACUCUCCUCACUUGUUUAUUUGAGUCUUAUUACUCUAUUUGUAAGAAAGACGCACCAUGGAAAACCAAUAAGAAAAAUACUCUUAGAAUCAAGUUUGAUAAACACC